UAUAUUCUCAAGCUAUUUGACUUUCUAGUAAGAUCUUGCAAUCUCGUAUGUCCCAAGUAUAAGUUCCUGAGUUGGGGUCGCACAGAACCCCUCCCCCGCAAUCGCGGCUAAUAAAUAAUCCGGCCCCAACAUGGAAGCUUCAAGAAACUAAGCACUGAAGCUCUUAAACCCCCACCACCACCACAAACAAACACCUCGAUCUUCAGCCUCACCAAAAACCACACCUUUCGAAAAACCUACCAAUCCUCAACCCACCUCUCACCUCACCUCAAUUCACCUCCCAGAUACCCCCCACCAAACCGCAACCAUGUCCAGCCCCCUCGUCUACUUCGACAUCUCCAUCGGCUCCAAGCCAAUGGGCCGCAUAAUCUUCACCCUCUACAACUCCAUCGUCCCCCUCACCGCCGCGAACUUCCGCUCCCUCUGCACCGGCGACAAAGGGAUCGGCAAAUCCGGCAAACCCCUAUCCUACGCCGGCUCCACCUUCCACCGCGUGAUCAAGCAAUUCAUGAUCCAAGGCGGCGACUUCACCGCCGGCAACGGCACGGGCGGCGAGUCCAUCUACGGCGAGAAAUUCGCCGACGAGAACUUCGAGAUCAAGCACACCAAGCCCUUCUUGCUGUCCAUGGCGAACGCGGGGCCCGGGACGAACGGGAGCCAGUUCUUCAUCACCACGGUCCCGACGCCGCAUCUAGAUGAUAAACAUGUCGUCUUCGGCGAGGUCGUGGCGGGGAAGUCGAUCGUGAGACAGAUUGAGAAUCUGCCUACCCAGGGCUCGGAUAAGCCGGCGCAGGACGUCACGAUCACGGCGUGUGGGGAGUUGCCGGCGGAUUAUGAGGUCGGGGAUGCGAAGAAGGCGGAUGCGACUGGGGAUGCGUUUGAGGAUUUCCCCGAGGAUGCGAAGACGGCGGAUAAGGAGUUUGAGGCUGCUGAGAUUGUGAAGAUCGCUUCUGCGCUCAAGGAAUACGGGAACACGGCUUUCAAGUCGGGAAACCUCCAGUUGGGCCUCGAUAAAUACCAGAAGGGACUGCGCUACCUCAACGAGGACCCAGACCUAGACGCCGCCUCCGCUGACGACAAGGCUGCCCUCCGCCAACUCCGAUUCACCCUCCACUCCAACUCGGCCUUGCUAUCUAACAAACUCUCCCUCUUCCCCGACGCCGCCAAGUCCGCUACUUUCGCUUUGGAGGUCCCCUCUAUCACCGACAUCGAGAAGGCCAAGGCGCUGUACCGUCGCGCGCUCGCGAGCGUGGGCAUGAAGGAUGAUGAGGCUGCGCUGAAGGAUCUUGAGGCUGCGAAGGCGCUGGUGCCGGGCGAUGCAGCGGUGGUGAAGGAGUUGGGUGCUGUGAAGACGAGGGCGGCGGAGCGGGCGAGGAAGGAGAAGGCGGCUUAUGGGAAGUUCUUUGAUUAGAUGGUGUGGGGAGUUGGAUUGAUAUGGGUGUUUUAUGGGGUUGGAGGGAUGGAUGGGGGAGUCUGAUUUAGGGAUUGAGCGUGGGGGUGAUUUUUUUAAAAAGAGAAAAAGAAUGGGGGAGAUGGAUGGUUAUGUUGGUGGUGGAGAGAGGGCGUGAGGGAGCAAGAGGAAUAGCUAUGACAUCUCAUGAACGAGAAAUGAGGGUAGAUAGACGAAUGAACAUUCCCAAUUUUCGAACCCCAU